GAGAGUCCAUGGCGACCUGAGUCGCGCUAUCUUGGAAAGUGUGAAGGAAUGCGACUGAUUGGGAGGUUCCUUUUGCGUUAAUAUCCCGCGAAAUGCUCUAUUAAUGGUAUAUCAAAAAAGAAAACUUCUAGCCGACCACUAUUCUCUUGAAAGUAAAUAUGGGAUGCGGCACCUCCAGGUUCACGGUGGUCGAGCCCAUGAGAUCAGGCGAGUUGGACGGAGGAGAGGAUGACACAGUGAGUAAGCAAGGCUGUAGGGGCGACUCUGCAGUGUCAAAGUUAACCACAGACAGUGGAGUGGUCCUGGACACUGGUGAGGUUCCCACCUUACUGGGAGCUGUACCCAGGAAACUAUCACCACUGGCAGCCCACAUUCCUGGCCUGGCCCAGGAGAGUGGUGAGAGACCCAGGUCCAGUGAGAUCCUGGAACAGCUUCUGAGCCAAGGCAUCAUCGCCCAGCCCAGGGAGAGGGCCAGCGGCGAGGCAUACAACAUCAUGAUUGAUGACAGAGAGACACCCAAACGUAGGCCUACCCCUCACCUGGAGUCUCUGAAGGUCAAGAGGGACCAGUCUGUCACCAGCCAAGUGGACAUGGAGGAGAGGAUGAGACAGGCGGAGGAGGAACGGAAGCUGAACGUGAACCUGAGGCCUAAAUCAGCUGGUGUCCAUGACCCAGAAGCUGCAUCAACAUCCGUAGAGGGGGACAUAGUCAGCCCUGUGGAGGUCCUCCACACCCCUGAUGCCCCUGAGACCCCGCCCAGCCCAAGACGGAUCCAGCAAGAGCCACUGGAUCCAGACCCAACUCAGACUCGAGGAGGGGAUGGAGGGAGUGGAGGGGUCAGGGAGAGCGGGGGAGAGGGAGUCAUAAGUGGGCUCAGGUGGCAGCUUCUCUCAGCCUCUCUUGAGAUGGAGAAUGACUCCACAUUUCAACAGACUGAGCAAGCUGAGGAGCAAUUCUAGCACCUGGCUGGGAGCACCUUAUCUGUCUAUUGGAGCCCAGUGUGUCUGAGAGGGAGGGAGAGCAUAGAGAGAUGGUGCAGGGGGAAUUAGAGGAAGAGUGGGCAGGUGAGGUGAGGGAGAGAGAGAUCAGUGAUGUCUAUUUGUGUUUUUGUAUACAAAAGAGCCAAGUGUAUGUGCAUACAGUCUGUUUCUAAGACUUGUUUGAAGUAUGUGGUAUAAAGAGAAGAGAUCGCUGAGGGUUUACUUUACGAUGCAAAAUCAUACUGUAUAAAGGUGGGCAAUAUUAUUAUUUGAAAUUGAAAUCAUGAAGAUAUUUAUUUUCCAUUCAUUUAAAAAAGGUCAAAGGACUCCCUCCCCCCCCAAUGGUGAACGUUGAUUUGAAAGCUGUUUUAGACACAAGAUGGCGGUGUUUCCAUGGAAUUAAAUUACUUCUUCAGCACUGUU